CAUUUUUAAACCGCCUAGUAGUGUGUUUGUUACAAAUUUAAAUGAUAAACGAAAUGUUGAUAUGAAAUUUCGUGUAAUAUGGCAUCCACGAUGACAGUUCAAGUUCCCAUCAAACUUUUAUCUAGGAAUCCUGGUGAUUCAUAUUCUCAUGAUUUACAAUUGUAUCAGAACGUACCGUUUGGGAAUAUAACAUUAGAAGAACUGCAAGAAAUAUGUGAAACACGACUCAAAGUUCUUUCUCUAGUGGAACGUAUUCAUUUACAAAAAUUGACAAUGUCGGUGUCACAACGCAGAGUUGCCUUGGUUGAGGAGUUACACAAACAAGGGAUAGAUGAAUUUGCAAGAUUGAUUAAUAGCUCUGGAUGCAAAUCGCUCACCUACAUGGAUAUACGUGCUAGAAGAAGAGAUCAUAUAUCUCAUUUUAUGUUAAGAUCCACAGUUGCCUUCAAUGAAUAUAAAAAACGCUGGUUUUUUAAGCAAGAGGCAAGGCUAUUCAAAUGGAGAUUUUCUUCAUUGAAUAACGAGGGAAUCAGGCAGUUUAUGUGCAUUAAUAAUUUUGACUUUACACUGAUCAGUCAAAAUGAAAAAGAAAAUAUCAGAGAACAUCUUCAAAUGUCUUCUCCCAAUGUUAGUGAUGUUGAUAACACAAAAUUUUAUAGGGUACCUUUCUUUUAUAUAGCUAAUUUAAUUAGAAAGCGUAAAGUUUUUAUUAUGCAAGGCGAAGCUUUUGUACCUGAACAAGAAAUGGCGUUUGUGUUUGUGACACAUUUCAGGAGAAUUCUCUUAUCAAGUUUUGGUGUUGCACGUGAAGCUAGAGCUAACUUAUACAAUGAUGAAAGGUUCACUCGUAUCUUUGCUUAUUUAGAAAAUUAUAUUCACAUUCAGAGUACUGUAUUGGUACAAGAACAAGAGAUACAACAAUAUAUUUCGCUUGACCAAUUGGAUAAGCUUGCAGAAACUUCUUAUCCUCUAUGUAUGAGAGUGCUUCACAAGGCACUAAGGAAGAAUCAUCAUCUUACACAUGGUGGUAGAGUACAGUACUGUUUGUUCCUGAAGGGCAUGGGACUUUCUUUGUCUGACACAAUAACUUUUUGGAAAGAUGAAUUCACAAAAAUAAUGGACGAUACUGCAUUUAAAGAACAUAAAUAUACUAUAAGAUUCAUCUUUGGACAAGAAGGUAGUCGUCGAGAUUAUCAGCCUUACACUUGCCUAAGAAUUCUAGAGUCGACUAUUGGACCUAGAGAUUAUCACGGAUGUCCUUUUAAACGUAUGCUGCAUGAUAUACUUGAAGAUGAACUUACUGAUUGUGGUUUUAACGCGUUAGAGAGAUCAGCAAUAAUGAAAUUGUCCAAAGACGGUCAAUAUUCUGCAGCUUGUAACAAAUAUUAUGAAAUUAAACAUGACUGUUUUGAUGACAACUUGUUUAAACAUCCAAAUAUAUAUUUUAAUGAGAGUAUGAAACAUCGCACUUCAAAUCAUUCUGGUGAGAUUUAUUUGAUUUUAUAUGUAUUAAACAGUUUACUGUUUUGUAUAAAUUUUAAAAUUACAUUAAAAUUAAAGAUCCAGAAACAGGAGAUGCGUAUUAAUCAUCAGAAUCAGAAUAUUUGA